UAAAAUGGCGGCCCCGUGCAUUCGGCGAUCGAUUCCUCUCGUGCUUGUUUUAGGAGCUACCGGCACCGGGAAAUCGAAGUUGGCAUUGCAGUUGGGCCGCAGACUGGGAGGCGAGAUAAUUAGCGCUGACUCCAUGCAGGUGACUGUCUCACAGCGGCGUGCAGAAUGUACAUACGUCCUUGUGGUGCAUAGUAGUAGAAUAUACGGUAAACAUGCGAACAGCACAGGCCGGUGUAUGUAUCGGUGUGAUACUUCCAUAGCUGGCAUAUGCAAGAUACGAAUGCUGACCACACAUUCCUGAUUCACCGCGAAGUUAUAUAAACAUCAAAGUCUAAUUUUGUAGACGACUGUGAAGGCCUCACACACAAUGUGUAAUUCAUAAAGCCCUGCUAAGAAUAUAAAAGCUGUACUUCACAGGGCCUUAAAAUCUUUGAUAUAAAGCAUUCGGUGAUGGAAGUAUCAAGUGGCUGGAAGUUGGACCUGCUGAAAAAAAAAAUCCUUGCUAAAUUCGUGCAGAUACAUCAAGAAAAAACAAGAAUGUCGUCUGUUCUGCUGGAUCUAUGGGUAGCUCACAAAAACGUUUGGAUUUUGUAGCAUAUAGUUCAGAACAAACGUUCUGAUCCUUUUAUAGCCACAUGUAAUUAUCAGCAAUUACAGGGAUACAACAAUGUCUGCCACAGUGUGUUUAUCUACUGAUGGAUUAAAUGCAUAGGUGUAUAAGGGUCUGGACAUUAUAACUAAUAAGGUGAGCGAAGAUGAACAGCAUCUCUGCCCUCAUCACAUGAUCAGCUUCCUGGAUCCUCUGGUUACCUCUUACACUGUGGUGGAUUUUCGCAACAAGGCUUUAGCUCUGAUUGAAGAUAUAUUUUCAAGAGAUAAGAUCCCGAUUGUUGUUGGAGGAACAAAUUACUACAUCGAGUCCCUGCUGUGGAAAGUGCUGGUGGAUAAGGAUACUUCUGCUGGGGAAAAGACAACACAUGGCAGUGUGGGACUAAAUGAGACAACAAGUAAUAGAAAAGAAGAACUGGAGCAGCUGGACUCUGAAGAAUUGCACACACGGCUCAGAAAUGUGGACCCAGAAAUGGCAGCAAAAUUGCACCCAAACGAUAAACGUAAAGUGGCACGGAGUCUGCAAGUGUAUGAGGAAUCUGGUAUCACCCACUCUGAGCACCUGAAGAGGCAACAGCUAGAAGAAGGAGGGGGUCCCCUUGGGGGUGCACUGAGGUACCACAAUCCCUGCAUCUUAUGGUUGCACGCAGAGCAAGAAGCUCUCAAUACUCGUCUAAGCUCUAGAGUAGAUGAGAUGUUGGAUCAUGGUCUGAUUGAAGAACUCCAAGAUUUUCACAAGCGCUAUAAUGAGAAAAUGAUUGCCCAUUCACGGCAGGAUUACCAGCAUGGCAUCUUCCAGUCAAUUGGCUUUAAGGAGUUUCAUGAAUAUUUAGUGUUUGAGGACAACUGUGCCCUGGACACAAGAGAGGACUUGCUGAAAAAAGGUAUUGAGGCACUGAAACAAAGAACACAGAAAUAUGCACGGAAACAGAACAAAUGGGUGCGAAACCGAUUCCUGAAACGCCCUGGAACUAAUGUGCCCCCUGUCUAUGGUCUGAAUGUGACCGAUAUCUCUGCCUGGGAUAAUUGUGUCCUUUUUCCAGCAUUACAGAUUUUAAACAGCUUCUUAGAGGGGCAGACACCGAUUAUUAAACCCAUAGAACUGGACUGUGAUAAAAAUGAAAGCAAACGAAGUCGGCACAUGUGUGAUUUGUGCGACAGAAUCAUCAUUGGUGAUCGGGAGUGGACAGCUCACAUAAAGUCCAAAUCGCAUAUUCACCACGUGAAGAAGAAGCGCAAAAUGGAUAACGAGCACAAUCAAGGAAAUGAGGAGGGGAAUGGAGCAAGCACAAUGUGCAACAAGAGGACACAGUUUGAAAAAGACAGUGGUGCGUGUGAGGCUAAUGUAGACCUUGCAAAGAACAGUGUGUGUCAAGUGUAGAAGGUGGACUUCACUUUCAGGAGAGCUCAGUGGCUUGUAUACAAAUGAGUGCACAUGUGAAGAACAAGAAGGUGGAGAAUCAAAAAGAUGAUACAGGUCACACAUGUGCUUUAAAAACUACUCCUGUGACAUGCACAGCUUGUACAGUUUACAUAGUUUUUCUUUUUAUUGGAACCAAAAGAAAGUUUUAAUAAAUUUCAGACUUUUUUUACAAAAAA